AUGACUAGCCCGCAUGAUACUCAAGUUGUAUCACCUAAGUCUUCAACAAACCGAAAGAAAUUAUUGACGCUAAAUCGACCUCAGCACUGCCCGCCUCCUUGCGAGCCAUCGCAGUCAGAUCGAUUACGCAACUUUAUCGACGAAGAAGCACAGGAAAUGGCUGUUGAGCUUCAGCUCCUGAACCUAGGUCCUAGGGCUUCACAAGAUGUCCUUGCCACACUGAAGAAGCACCUGAUGCAAGGGAUAAGAAACUACAGUGAUUACCACUCUGAAAACUGCUCUUUCGAGAAAUCAGGGCCCCAGACGCCCCCGUUAGCAGAGACCUCGCCUCUGCCCGACCCCUGGCGACUGCUUCUCAACCCCCCGGAAGCUUGUUCUUCGACUCCUCCACGUUCCCGCACACCAGACCCCAGUGUACCUCCAUGUCCCCCUGACUGCACUCCAGAUCCCCGUGCCUCUAACUCUCGCCAAGUUCACUUCUCUUCUUCUCCUCCCCCUCCGCCUCCUCCAACUGCACCCUCCCCGCGUCACCGCUCAGCCCCUUGCUCUCCCGACCCUUGUCCCACUUUCUACCUCGUGCCCCCACCUUAUCCUUACUCCCCCAUUCCUCUACAGUGCUGUGUCCCGUUCUCCUCCACCGUCCCCUCGUCACCGCGCGCAACCCAGACAACCCCCCCGACACCGUCUCCAAGUCGGCAGUUUCGGACCUCCACAACUCAGACUCACACGUCCGCAUUCCGGAACAGGACUUCUCCGUCGCCGAAACCGUUCCGUCUCGAUCCGCCUUCUUCCCACGCCAGCCGCUUUGGCGCGAUAUCACCUCCGCGAUACGUUCCAAUCAACCACGCAAGUCUCUUUCCCUCCUUAUUUGAGCCCCGACCCUACUGGGUCGCCUCUUGUGAUCCCGUGGAAGACGCGCGCUCAUUGGAAGAGGCGAAACUCCUGCGAAAGGCUGAACUGUGUCGUGCUAACCGACGCUACCUCGAACUUCGAAUCUCCAUGUCCGCGUUGUCACAAUUGCCCCUGCCGAACGUCCACGUGUCCUCUCUCGAAAGCCAAGCGGGAUCUGCUCUUUCUUUUAAAACGUGUUCCCGUGGGUCGUUGCAGGCCUACAAUCCAGUCGUGCGUCGUGGCUUCAUUCGUCUUUCGGCGCAUUUCCGCGGCAAACUCACUAGAGACCUCCUCGCCACGGAGAGGGUCGUGGAGUUGAUCCGAACCAUUAAGGACACAGCUCAGCUUCUCUUGACGUUCCACACGCCAAACAGCUCCAAGCUCAGUCAAGAGGAGAAGCACCUGGUGAGUCGCCUGCACUGCCAGCUGAAAACGUCGUUGUUUCGGUUGCACGAAAUGUUCUUCGUCUGGUCGCCCGGAGACCGCAUCUGCGCUCUUCGCAACUCAACCAAGUGGCGUGCAGCCAACCACUACACCCCGCUUGACAGGUGCCGGCGCACUGGCUCACCGCCUGUCCCGGCUCUGGCAACCUCGCUGCCCUCACCCAGGCCUCGUUGCGAGCCAGAAAGUUGUCUCCCCUCUCGCCCUCGGCACACGAGCCGUUUAUCAUCACGCAUCUGCCCUCCCACCUCCCCCUCCUCCACCCCCACCCCCCGUCGCACACGCCCCAGCGCAGGUCGACAGGCAGACAGCCGGCAACCUGGUCAGCAGGUCGCAUCAGCUGACGCGGUGCGCUUUAUUGCUGUGGUUUUCGCGUUGUCGUCGUCGUUGGCGUCGUCGUCUGCCUUAGCGGGCAGGCUGUUGCUUUGCCCUCGUUUUCGCCAAUGUCUACUUCGGUCCUGUCGAGAGCUGAAUCACCGCCCCCCCCCCAUUGGCGAGCAACCUGACUGUGUGAAGGCGCUGUUCUGUGCUCCUAGCUGCGGAGACCUGCAACAAAGGCUGUCAGUUCAACGCGGCCACGGAUCUGGACCUGCGCUGCGUGUUCGACCCGUGCCAGCUGGAGACGUCUCGCCUGGCGGAGACGUCCGCGCUGGAGGCGCAAAGGAGGACGAGGCGGGGCCGGAGCAGGUGCAGGUGCAGGCGGACGUGGCGACUCGUGGCCCAGGACGGCGUCCGACUGCGCCCCUUCAAGGCCACAACGGAGACGGUGUGCUGUUGCCACGGCGAAAGCGCAAGAUCGCCCGCCUGCCUGGAGUCACCGGCGCGGCUCCCCAGGCCCCCUCACGGUGCCUGCUCUCCAGCCCCUCAUUGCUGCCACGUAAGCAUCGCCGAUUCCCGACGGCGCCGGUGAAUCACACCUGCCCGAGCGUCGAGUCUCAAAGCCCCCAGAAGCAGUGCUUGAGCGGCCGAAGUCCACAAUGCUGCUCGGCCGAUCGCGUGUCACUCCAGCAGUGGACCACCAACAUCAACAACCAACCACCCGACGCGCGCCUCCCCGCGAGGCGCCGGGAACCGCGCGCGGAGUCACGCAAAUCCGCGAGGAACGACUCCGCGCCCAGGGCACGCCUGUGGUGUACAAGUGUGCGAAGGUUGGUUACCACCACCACCACCAACACUGCCACCGCAACCGCUGCCAACACCACCGCCACCGUUGCCACCACCAACACCACCACCGCCGUCGUCACCACCACCAUCACUAACACCGCCACCACCAUCGCUAGCACCGCCACCGUUGCCAACACCACCGCUGCCACCACCACCGCUUUCGACUUGCCAGAUUCGCGUGAAACGUCGUGGACACUAAAUCUCCCAAGUGGGACCCACCGACUUGUAACCGCGUCAAGUGACGAAUCAAUUCCUGGGCUGGGUUUUGCAAUUGGUGGGACUGUGAAGGCGCCGUCCAAGAUGAGUUUCUUGCGAAUAGCGAUUCCGUCAAUGCGUAGUACACGUGUCGACUUAACCCAGGGAAACCCGCCGAAGCAAGACCGACAACCGCUCCGUCGACGGAUUUCCUUCAAUGGCCUGUCUCGUCUGAAACCGUCUCUCUCCAUGGUAACGCCUCUGUUUUUUUCUUUAUUGGUACCGAGGUUAAACAAGCCGUUUUGUCGUAAAGGCGAGUUUCACUUGAUCGACCUUGACAGCCCCUGGCCAAUAGAGUUUGCGCGUCAUCUCAGUGAUGCGAUUGGUUGUGUUUGCCGCGUCUUUGCACCUGUGACCGCCACUCCGGCCAUCUGCGUGCCGGAUGUCCACAAAGUGGGGGCCGGCGUUGUUGCCGUGUCCGACGGCACCAAACAUCGCAUUGUUGAUGGUCGUCCCAAUUUGUGGCCGCAACAGGGGUUCGCGACAGUUGACACGUUAGAAGUGUUGCCACGGCAGCCUCAGUCGAUUAACACCGUAGUGACUCGUGUUAAUUUUCCGACGAACGUCUACACCGUCCUCCCCUCUCUCUCAGACUCGUCUCCAUUUGUUGGGCAGACACGCAUGAACAGCUGCGUCUGUCUGCCUGCAAAUCUCCUCCCCCUGAGAUGAGUUGGACGAGCGGACGACCGGUUCAGACAGGGAGGUGGCGCUUCUGCGGAACAGCAGUCUGAGGUGUGGCUGCAGCUUCAGUCCUGCGCCGUUGAGUCUCGAGUCCCCGCAGGACUCAUCGUCGCCCUCAAGCAGCUGGAUGCCGGCCGCACCCUCGCGUCAUCCGACACGCCUUCCCUACGCUUGGAGAUUGUGAUGGGGUCUUCUGUAGCGACGAUGAUUUGGCUCGUCUUUCAAGGUGACAUCACCAAUUCGGAGGCAGGAGAGCCACCUUCUGCAACUUUUUUUUCGCCACUCACAACACAAUCGCUUCUUCCUCUUCCCCUUCUUCUGUCCUGUCACAUAAUGUGGAUUUCCGUUUUGCAGACGAACCUGGUCCCUGGAGCGAUGCUCAUUUCUCACCAACCAGACCAUCCAGACCGCGGCGUCGCCCGCUGUCUCGACCGCGAACAGGUAGCGACGAGUCGUCCAACCACCACCACGAUCACCUCUGCCACCGUCGCCGCCUGCUUCUUCGUUGACGUGUCUUUCCACAGCGCGAUUCCUUCCUUUGGCAUUCACUCAUGGCUUACUUUCCUUAGCGAGUGCUUGGCUCGCAGUUUCGUCGUAUCCUCUAAGACGGAGGCAACAAAGAGAAUUCCGUUUGUGAAUUGAAGCGUUCUGAUCGCGGAUUGGAAAAUAUCUCCUAAGCUGGACUACCUUAAUGUGCUCAACCUUGCCACAAUUAUCGAUUCGCCAUCGAUUCUCGAUUCAACCAGAUCAGUCGUCAUCGAACGUCUCACGGAAGCAAUAACGCCGCCACAUCCUACAAUGCUCAUUGUUAGCCUUGCAGAUUCCAUUGACGUUCAGCCAUCUCCUGUUACUGGUCAUGCUAUGUCCACAUUGAACAUCGGCUGUAUCCGUACUCUAGAUGACUUUGUCGUUCACGUUGGUGGAUUUCGUCCGCUUUCGGAGCUCUAA